AUGACCAACCCGCACCCAACAUUACCAACCUUCCCCACAGCCAACCUUACCAACCUUCCCUACAGCCAACCUUACCAACCUUCCCUACAGCCAACCUUACCAACCUUCCCUACAGCCAACCUUACCAACCUCCCCUACAGCCAACCUUACCAACCUCCCCUACAGCCAACCUUACCAACCUUCCCUACAGCCAACCUUACCAACCUUCCCUACAGCCAACCUUACCAACCUUCCCUACAGCCAACCUUACCAACCUUCCCUACAGCCAACCUUACCAACCUCCCCUACAGCCAACCUUACCAACCUUCCCUACAGCCAACCUUACCAACCUUCCCUACAGCCAACCUUACCAACCUUCCCUACAGCCAACCUUACCAACCUUCCCUACAACCAACCCUACCAACCUCCCCUACAGCCAACCUUACCAACCUUCCCUACAGCCAACCUUACCAACCUUCCCUACAGCCAACAAUACCAACCUUCCCUACAGCCAACCUUACCAACCUUCCCUACAGCCAACAAUACCAACCUUCCCUACAGCCAACCUUACCAACCUUCCCUACAACCAACCUUACCAACCUUCCCUACAGCCAACCUUACCAACCUCCCCUACAGCCAACCUUACCAACCUUCCCUACAGCCAACCUUACCAACCUUCCCUACAACCAACCUUACCAACCUUCCCUACAGCCAACCUUACCAACCUUCCCUACAGCCAACCUUACUAACCUCUCCUACAGCCAACCUUACCGACCUUCCCUACAGCCAACCUUACUAACCUCCCCUACAGCCAACCUUACUAACCUCUCCUACAGCCAACCUUACCAACCUUCCCUACAGCCAACCUUACCAACCUUCCCUACAGCCAACCUUACUAACCUCCCCUACAGCCAACCUUACUAA